CCGCCUUCUGUGCUUCAUGUGUUCAUGGCGUCUGAAAAUAAUAUGGAUGUUAACGCCUUGGUGUAUUCUUACUUGCUAAAGAAAUCUCCUAAAAGUGCUAAAAUAUUUGCAAAAUCCACCUCUGUGAAAGAGCUACCUUCUGGUUCCCCUUCACUUGAAGAUCUUAUUAAACAGAAAACUCUUCAGAAUGCUCUACCCAAGAAAAAAGAGUCUGACAGUUCUGAUUCUAGUUCUGAGGAUGAAAAAACUAGCAAGGUGUUGCCAGCAAAGAAAUCUCCUGUUGCAACAAAAGUAGUUCCCCAAAAUCAAAAGAAUGCGAAACCUACUGCACCUGGAUUGAAAGGAAAAUCCGAUUCCGACUCUAGUUCAGAAUCCGAAGAUGAGGCAACCUUAAAAAAUGUUUCACAAAAACCAACCAAUCUUAAAUUAACUAAUCCUGUAUUGUCUAAAAAGCCAUCAGCAUCGAGUGAUUCAGACUCUGAUUCAGAUGAAAGUUCAACAAAAAAGCAGGAAAAUUCCAAACAGCAAGUUUUAAAAGGGCCUAAAGCUCAAGUUCAAAAUUCUGCACCUAAAAAAGCACAAGCUGAAGAGUCUUCAUCUGAUUCUAGUUCUGAAUCCGAAGAUGAUAAGAGAAGCAAAAAUAAGGUUGUAACUUCAAAACAGUUGCCAACCAAACCUGUACAGGCAGGAAAAGCUUUGCCACCAAAAAGUCCAGUGGUGCAGAAGCAAAAGGGUAAAAAAUCUGAAUCCUCUUCUUCUGAUUCAGAUUCUGAAGAUGAUAAGUUGCAAAAUAAGAAAAAGCCGGCGCUUGUCGCUCAGACAAAAAAAGCGAAUCUGUCUUUGCCCACACUUGUUAAAAAAGCAGCAGAAUCAUCUAGUUCUGAUUCCGAUUCAGACGAAGCAAAAAGUAAAACAGUUGUUACUAAGCAAAAGGUUACACCAAAUAUUAAGUCCCCUAAUGCUAAAAGUGUUCUCUCAAAAGAAGAGUCCAGCUCAGAUUCCGAUUCUGAUGAUACUACUGCGAAACAAAAAGCUAGCAUCCUAACUAAAAAAGAUGAUCCUAAAAUUACUGCCGUUAAAAGUGCUUCGCUUUCGAAAAAAGAGUCGUCAAGUUCUGAAUCUAGUUCCGACUCUGAUACAGCAACAAAAAGCAUAUCCAGCCUCCAAGCUGUGAAAAAAGAUCCAAAAAAUGCUAGUAAAUCUCCAAGUGCAGGUUUACAGCUUUCAAAGAAGAAAUCUAGUUCUGAUUCUAGUUCAGAGUCUGAUGAUGAUAUUGCAACAAAAAACAGCAGUAUGCCUGUUAAAAAAGCAGAUUCUAAAACUGUCAUUAAACCUCCAGUUUUAAAAAGUAAUCAACUUGCAAAGAAAGGAAAAUCUAGCUCUGAUUCUAGUUCUAGUUCUGAUGACGAUACUACCACAGCAGCAAAAAAAGUAGAUUCAAAAGGUGUUACUAAAUCACCAGCUGCAAAAAAUGCUCAGCUUACAAAGAAAGCAGAAUCCAGCUCUGAUUCCAGCUCUGAUUCAGAAGAUGAGAAAGGCAAAGGGAAGGCUACUGCUGCUUUAAAACAGGCUCCAUUGAAAACUACCCAGCAGUUAAAAAAUAAAGUAACAUCUACCAAUAAAGCUGCAAAAGAAGAUUCAAGUGACUCGGAUUCAGAAGAUGAUUCUGCUACUCUUAAAGGAAACAGCAAACAGACAACUGUGCCUGCAAAACAAAUUAAUAAACCUCAACUUAAAAAAAAGGAAUCGUCUAGCUCUGAUUCCUCUUCCGAUUCUGACAAUGCAAAAUCAAGACAAAAGCCGGUGAAAAAGCCAGCGGUAGGAAAAACUGGUGGCAAAGCUGCAUUAUUACCCUCACAGUCAAAAGAAUCAAGUUCAAGCUCAGAUUCAGAUGAAAAACCUGCUGCAACUAACCAUUGGGCUAAACCAGUAUCUAAAUUUGUUGCAGAAAAAGAUUCAUCAGAAUCUUCUGAUUCCGAGUCUGAAAAUGAAAAAGGUAUGAUGGUUUCUUUAGCUAAGUCGAACAAACCCCAAGCGAAUUCAUUACCAAAUGUUCCGAAAAAUUCCAACGCAAUUGCUCUUAGUAAAAAUGCUAAGGCUUCAUCUGAUAGUUCCGAUACAGACUCGGAUGAUUCAUCAGCUCCUCAAAAAAAGCCUACUGGGCCGACUACUGCUUCGAAAAUUCAACCUAUGACAAAGCCAACUCCCCCACAGAAAAGAACUCAUAGUGUUUCAAGUAGUGACUCUUCGGACUCAGAUAAUGACAAAACAAGUGUGCCAGCUAAUCUGAGUGUGAAAGCUACUGGGAAAACUUCAAAAUCAAAUGACAGUUCUAAAGGGAAGAAUCCAACAAAAAAGAAAAAAGGCUCCUCAGAUUCAUCAGAUUCAGAUGACAGCAGUAGUAAUAAGUUAAAUGUUAAAGCUCAGGUGACAAACAAACCAAAACCCAGUGGUUCUAGUGCUCUAAAUGGCAAUGUAAGUUUAAAGUCUUUAAAUUCUGCUGCAGAUUCAAGCAGUGAAGAUUCUUCAGAUUCUGACAAACCCAAAUUAUCUCAAUCUAAAGGAAUAAGUAAAGCACAAUUAAUAGACAAAUAUGUAUCCUUAAAAAGUAAAGAUAGUUCAUCUAGUAGUUCUGAUUCAGAAGAUGAAAAAUCAAAAAAUAAUUCAAAGUUAUCUCCAGUUACGCCCAAACUGUUAUCAAUGACUCAAGAAAAAUCGAAUAACACUAGCACGCCAGUUGAAUCCUUGAAGCGGCCUGCGGAUGAAAGUCUCGUAGCUUCAGAUUCCACGAAGAAAAGACGUAGAGGUUCAUCACCAUUUCGAAGGAUAAAAAGUGAAGAUUAUGACAUUGAUCCUAGACUUCAACAAUCCAGUCAACAGAAAAAACAUGAAAUGCCUAAAAUAGGAUCAGCAAAAGGCAGGCAAUUCAGACAUGAAAAAACGAAAAAGAAGAAAGGCAAUCACUCAUUUGGGAAGAUUGACACAUCUGUAAAAUCUAUUACAUUUGAUUAAAUUAAUUAUUUUUUCUA